AAUGAUGCAUUAUGAAUUCCAUAACAAGUUAUUUUAGCUUAGAGAAUUACUCUCAAACAGGUUGGCCUAAAAGGAGAAUCAAUGAAUUUGGUCUUCCCAAAGGGACUCUCAGCUGUUGAAUGGAUUCGAGGUUCACUAGCUGCACGGAGCCGGCAGUCUAUGACAUGGUACAAGGCAUAUUUAAAUGCCCCGGGAGGCAAUGAAACGUUGGCUUUGGAUAUGCGGGGUAUGGGAAAGGGUCAAGUAUGGAUCAACGGACAGAGCUUAGGAAGAUAUUGGAUGGCUUAUGCAAAGGGUGAAUGCAGUACUUGCAGUUACUUGGGGACGUUCCGACCUACAUAG